AUGGCUGCUGACUCCCCGCACCCCUCGACCUCCUACUCGUAUCCGGACAACCCACCGCCAUCCCCCGAGUCUCGCAGAAAAAGCCACUAUGGCCCAAAAGGCCGCCAGUUUACAAACAGGCAUGGGUCGAAGCUGCACGCCUAUGAGACAGCCAAAGCGCCAUGGCCUUUGUCAUACGACGAAUCCACGCUUCAGCUAGAGAUGAUGGACACGGCGCUUACUUCUGGCUACCAAGGCGCCGUGUCUCUUGUAGACCACAAGGGCGAAGAGCCCGCAAGGUGUCUCGACAUUGGCACAGGAUUAGGUUUGUGGGUGGUCCAGUCCGCCAAAUAUUGGAGGAAUUCCACUUUUGUUGGAUUCGACCUCGUGGAUGUGCAAAUUUCGUUAUCGAUUCUAGAACCCGACGACGCCAGACGAAUAGAAUGGGUACACGGGAACAUUUUGACAGGGCCACUUCCGUUUGACGAGGACGAAUUCGACCAUGUCCGAUUCACCGAGGUUGCGUUGGGUAUCCCCGAGAACAAGUGGCCCGCAGUGUUCGAGGAAAUUAGAAGAGUAAUGAAGCCAGGGGCGACCAUCGAGAUCAUCGAAGAAGAUGCGAUAUUCCCCGUGCUUCCUAGAUGGUUUACUGAGCCGCUUCAUGCGCGAACACGAUGGCCGUCUAUCAGCAUGCAAGACGGGUCCAAACUAUUCUCCAACCCUUCAGCCAUGCCAGACAGCGACAUUUGUCACGAGUAUGAGCUGCUCGAGAUCCUAUACAACAAGGUAUUUGACCGCCGCUUCAUCAACACCAAACCCAGCUCGAGUCUCCCCGCAUACUUCUCCGCGUACUUCGGCCAGGUCAUCUCCCCACCCGUGCUCACCGUGCCCAUGCCGCCCCUCCCACCCGUCCAGCCACGUCCGCCCCCACGCAGCUCCCAGUCCUCCCGCCACUCUGGCUCUUCUCAGUCCGUUUUGUUCGGAGACGAGACCUACAUCCUUCCGCACGGCGACGGGAAUGAAGAGCUCUCCCUCGCAGCGCUCCACAGGGGCGGGCCCGCCGCCAGCACACAAAGUGUCGCUUCCGCCUCGUCCGGGCCCGCCCCAACGUCCACAACUGUCACCGCGACCGGCGUGAUCAUCCGCGAGCACUCUUACUCGGACGCCAAGUCCAACAAAUCUUCGCAAGGCUCCGGGUCCGGGUCCGGGGGCAGCGCCCCGCAGAGCCGCAGUUCGAAAGCCGGGCGGCUCAGCACAGACGCAUACGGGCACGGGCACUCGCACGGCACGCCCUCCGCGUCCGUGCGCGCGCGCUCCGCGUCGGACGCGUCGAUGGCGUCGAUGGCGUCGCGGCGCGCGGCGGCGAUCAGCGACCUCGCGGCGGUGAGCACGACGAUCGGCGAGCGCGCGCAGAUCGAGCUCUUCCCCGUCGACGGGCUGCUCAUGUUCGACCUGCACUCGCUGUGCCUGCACCUGCGGCGCGCGCUCGGCGUCGUGCUCUCGCUGCGCGAGGCGAUGUGGGACGAGCUGCAGGCGGUGUGGAAGGCCGCGCCGCACAUGCGCGACGUCGACCUCGAGAAGUACGGGUUCUCGUAUGGGGAGGACACGUCGGAGAGCGUGCGCGGGAAGUACGUCGCGCUGCUCGAUCAGUAUAAAAGCGACAUGCAUGUGCGCAUGUCCAUUUGGCACUCUCUAGUUCACUUUGGGUGGGACUACCCGCAGCGCGACCCGAUGUCGAAGGCGGAGGAGAUGGAGGAGGCGCGCCUGCGCGAAGACAUUCUGCUCGCGCGACGAGCCGCAGGCGCGGAGAACGAGCGCGAGCCGCCGUGUCGGGCGGUCCGUGUGCUCGUUGGCGCGAAGGUGUAGGUUUCUCGGCCCUUGUAUGACGCUGGUGUUCGCAGGGUUUAGUGUGCUCGCUGUCAUUCAUGGCUCUCGUACUACUUAAGUUUAUACUACCGUACAUGCUCGAUGGAGUCUACUGGAUGGACUUACUGUUGUACAUGAGUACGAUCUGGUAGAUAGUUAUGUCUUACCUUCAUACGCUACCCGUUGUAGGGAGUAUGCGAUGACGACCCAUU